AUGCCAGGGCUGAUUAACCGGACGACCCGCUCCCCGCUCCCCCUCUCCACGUCGGAGGUGACGUCGUGCGUCAGCGGCUAUGCCUUCGGGAUGACAGCCUUGCUCACCUACCGCAACCCAGAAGCUCAGGCUUUUGAAGGUCUCUUUGUCUACCCCUUGGAUGAGCGCACCGCCGUCGUCGGGUUUGAGGCGGCCGUGUCCCGGCGCGCCGUGACGGUGCAGAUCAAAGACAAAGCCAAAAUAGAUGACGCGUAUUUCGACGGCUGCAGCCUGCCCGAUGGAAGAGCUCGCGACGGAAGCGGUGAGGGGUUGUGACGCCGCGUCUCCCUGCUGUGGUCCUCUCUCUGUGCAGGAAGGAUCAUGAUGGAUGAGGACUUGGAGAGGAUUGUUUUUGUGGCUAACCUGGGCAUGAUUCCUCCUCUGGAAAGCGUCUCCAUCUUCAUCAGCACCUCCUCUGAGCUGCAGACGCUGCCCAGCGGGGCCGUGAGGGUCCUUCUGCCAGCUGUGUGUGUCCCCAGGGUCCCCCACAUGUGCACUGUGGUGACUGGGGUUCAUCGCACCGGCAGGGACAAGCACUACUGUGGAUCGGGGAGCUUGGAGCAAGGGAGCAGGUUGUGCCUGGCUCAGCUGCUGGAGAGCGAGGCCACCAACCCCUUCGAGUACGAGUUCAGCUUCCACCUGGAGAUCCGGGGGCCGUGCUUGCUGGCAGGCGUUGAGAGCCCCACGCACGAGAUCCGAGCAGACGCCGACCCCUCCGCUCGCUCCGCCAAGAGCAUCGUGAUCACGCUGGCCAAUAAACACACCUUCGACAGACCUGUGGAGAUCCUGAUCCAUCCCAGUGAGCCCCACAUGCCUCACGUCUUAAUGGAAGAAGGUGAUAUGACGCCUGCAGAGUACGAACGACACCUGAAGGGGAAGAACGAUUUCAUUAAAGGCACUAAGAAGGACCCCAGCGCUGAGAAAAAGACGGAAAUCAUCAGGAAGCGGCUGAACAAGGACAUCCCCCACCACCCCGUCAUCAUGCUCAACUUCUGCCCCGACUUGAGGACCGUCCAGCCAGAGCUCCAGAAAGCCCAAGGAGAGUUUAUCUUCCUCGUAGACCGCAGCAGAAGCAUGAGCGGCGUCAACAUCAACCGCGUCAAGGAUGCCCUGUUGGUCAUUCUCAAGAGCCUGAUGCCAGCGUGCCUCUUCAACGUCAUUGGGUUUGGAUCCACCUUCAAGACCCUCUUUCCUGCCAGUCAGACCUACUGCGAGGAGAGCCUGGCCAUCGCCUGCGAGAGCAUCAAGAGGAUCCGGGCCGAUAUGGGUGGCACCAACAUCUUAUCGCCUUUGAAGUGGGUCAUUCGGCAGCCCAUCCACACCGGCCAUCCCCGACUGCUCUUUCUGCUGACGGACGGGGCCGUCGGCAACACGGGGAAGGUGCUGGAGUUUUGCUCCACCAGGUGCUACAGCUUCGGCAUCGGGCCAAACGCCUGCAGGAGACUGGUUCGGGGGCUGGCUGCCGUGUCCAGGGGCAUCGCCGAGUUCCUGGCGGAGGGCGAGAGGCUGCAGCCCAAGAUGAUCAAGUUGCUGAAGAAGGCGAUGGCGCCGGUCCUGAGUGACGUGUCCGUGGAGUGGGUCUUUCCCGAGAGCACCGAGGUCUUGGUUUCCCCCGUCAGCACCAGUUGCCUCUUCCCCGGUGACCGCCUGGUCGGCUACGGCAUCCUCUGCGACACCUCCCCGUACAUCUCCAACCCCCGAUCUGACAAGAGGCGACGUUACAGCAUGAUGCGUUCCCAGGAGUCGGGCAGCUCUGUCUUCUUUCACUCCCAGGAGGAGGGAGCAGGCGUGGAGAGCUGGAACCACUCCAGAGACUCGGAGGGCUGCUGCCCUGCAGAGUGUGCCCCUGAAUACCUGGCGGUGGGCAGAGAUCCCGAGGGAGAAUCGGACACCGACACCGGAACGGACGUGAAGGCUUCCUCCAGGAGACGGGCUUACAGCACCACCCAAAUCGCCGACCACCAGCCUUGCAAGAAGGUGCCCACGGCCAGUGAUCCCGGCACCGCUCUGGUGAAAAAUCCCCUUCGGAAAACCCACCUGCAGGACCUGCAGCAGGUCAGCCCCGAUCCCUGGCAGGUGGAUUUCCAG